GCUUACCAAAAAACAACCCAAUUCAAAAUGUUCAAGUUUAUCGCAGUCGUUGCCCUCCUGGUUGCCACCGCCAGCGCUGGUCUGAUCGAGACCCACCAUGUGGUCCAUGAGCCCGUCCUGGCCAAGGUUGGUACGGUGGUGCACUCCGCUCCUUCUGCUGUGUCCCACCAGAGCAUCACCCAGGUGCACAGCAAGGCCGUCGUCCAGCCAGUGGUUGCUCCCGUCCUGAAGACCGUUGCUGUCCACACUGCUCCAGUGGUUCAAUCCGUUCCCGUUGUCCAUGCCGCUCCAGUGGUCCACCACACCGUGCCUGUGGUUCACAACGUGCCAGUGGUUCACUCCGUUCCUCUGGUCAAGUCUGUGGUUCAUGCUGCUCCUCUGGCCUACACUCUGCACCAUUAAGGACUCCAAAUGUGAUACAGUUUUUAUGAUUUUUUGUUUAAAUAAAUGUUUUUUCGUUUCACCAUAA